UGAUAUCUUCAUGCUGACAGCUGAGAAGCAGGUCAGUCGGGUUUUUAGGUGCACUAUUACACAAGAAAGACACAGCCAGCUCCACCUAAUUUUGCUUCUCUGGCACCCUCCUGCUCAAUGGGACAUUGUCACACUUAACCCAUCUGUGUUCUCUAAAGCACGGCAGGCUCAUUCCAGCCAGGACAGCUGGGAUAUUUUAGUUCCUGUUUGUAAACAACCUCGGGACCUGAAGAUUCCCCUUAAUCACAUCAAAACCAAAGAAGGCUACCAUGCUGACCUCAGCCAAAAUUCUGUUGAUUUCAAUUUUAUUUAGUUUACUACUGUUUGGAAGCCAUGGAGGAGAAGUUCUAGAAAAAAACAGAACACAAAGCAUGGCAAAAGGCUUAAAAACACUGGAAAAUGAAUCUGUUCCUUUGGAAAGUGAAGCAAAUUUAAACUCAGAUAAAGAAGACACAGAGACCUCCAAUCCCAAGACAAGAAAUUUCUCUUUUUGGGAUCCAUCAAAUAAAACCCAUGGGACAACAGAUUUUUUUGAUAAUUUGUCAUCAUACAACAUUUCUGUGCAUCCAAGGCCCUCACCCAUGACUCCUGAAAGCCCUCCCUUGAUCCACAGCUUUGUUUCUAAAUUACCUUUGAACUCAUCUGUAACAGCGCAUCCCAACAUUACAUCUGCCAGAUCUCCAGAAACGUUUCCUUGGCCUUUGGCUAAUGAUACCGUGAAAACUCUUGACAACGAUUCCAUUACAGUUGGCAUGCUCCCUCCAGCACGGAACACCGCGUCUGUGAAACCCACGACAGGAGCAGAUGCAUGGCUCACCACACCCCGUGGCAGUGAUACUCCCUAUCAGGAAACAACUCCACAACCCACCCUAAAAUUUACUAAUAAUUCAAAAAUCUUCCCAAAUACAUCAGACCCCCAAGAAGAGAAUAGAAAUACAGGAGUAGUAUUUGGGGCCAUUUUGGGUGCUAUCCUGGGAGCUUCAUUGCUUAGUCUUGCUGGCUACUUGUUGUGUGGAAAAAGGAAAACAGAUUCAUUUUCCCACCGACGACUUUAUGAUGACAGAAACGAACCAGUUCUGCGAUUAGACAAUGUACCGGACCCUUACGAUGUGAGUUUUGGGAAUUCUAAUUAUUACAACCCAACUGUAAAUGAUUCAUCCUUGCCAGCAGGCCAAGAAAAUGCACAUGAUGGCAUUCCUAUGGAUAACAUACCUCCACUUCGCACCUCAGUAUAAAACUAUUGGAUUCAGAUGGCAAAACGUUUGCUUACAUACUGACCUUUCCACAAACCCAUCUUCCUAAAGCUGAAGCAAGAUCACUGUCAUGUGGUUAGUGCCAAGGAGAACUAUUAAAGUAUGAGGCUAGGAGCAGAAACCUAGAGAGGAUAAAUCACCCAGAAGGUUUCCUUUCUUACCAUUUUGGUUGUGCUGAAACAUCUAUUGAGUAAUUUGUAUUUUGAUUUUUUUUUCCUCAGUAAGACAUGUUUGUGGAAUUAGAUAAAACUAAAAGAUUUCAUCUUGAUUGCCCUGCCUGAUCAUCUAAUCAAAAAUCUUUCAACAAAAAUAAGAACACAAAACUACAUUUUCCAUUUGUUUGUACAAAAAACAGUGGAUUAACUCUUCACUGUCCCUGCUGUUGUCCUAAUGCCUAUUGUCAAGAUUGGCAUUCUCCUGAAGGAAAACUAGAAAUGAUUUUUUUUUUGAAUUUUUGCUUAAAGCAAGGAGAGUAUAGCACAGAGCUUCUGUUCCUGUGAAAUUAAGGUAAUGCGGGUAAGAGACCUGUAUUCUAGUACAUUUCACAUUUCUGUAUCAGCCCAUACAUGGUCAGCCCCUUGAGUUGCCAAGUUUACAAUGACUUUGCAUUCAAGAAGGCCACUGUCGGAAAGCUGACCCUAACCAGGAAAGUAAUCACUUCUCUUCAGAGGGAGAGGAUCCUAGCCCAUCUGAUUUAGUCUAGGCUUCAGUAAUUGUGUGCUCUAAAAACUCGAUGAGAAAACGUGAAAACUUUAGCCAAAGCAUAUGCCUAUACAUAACUUUCAAGAUGUCACAUGGGAACAAGAUUUAUUAUGUAUUAGACAUUGCUUAAUCACAUAUGGGAUAGAUUCUGCAUCUCUAAAGAAAUUCUGCAUAAGACUAAAAAGUAGAUGAAUGGAACUAUUAAACAAAUGAAAAGCUUUCUGAGCAUCAUUUUCACAAGUGUGAAAAUACAGGAAGCUUAAUUUGGGUUCUAGUAUGUGUCAGUUUUUAAUUACCACCUGGUCAUUUUGGGCAGAAAGAAUGUACUCCUUAGUAUAGGAAGAUCAAGGCUUUAGGGAUUAGAGGAUUAUAUUAAGAAUCAAAUUCCCAAAGGAGCAGUGAAUGUACAAACAAGCGAUUUUAUUGUUGAAUUGAUACAUGGGGUGUGCAUGUGUAUGUGUGUGUGAGCACACACCUGUCUGUAUGAAGAAAUAGGGUAACUGUCAGAAAAUGGGGGCUAGGAAGAAAGAAGGACAUACUUACCCCAUAUUGCCAUAAAAAUAGCAAAGAAGACUGUCCCUCCAUUAUCAAAUAAAUAUGUCACCUUAAUGGGAAACAAACAAAAACAUUAGUUACCUUGUUGGUUGUAAUAAUCCAGUGAUUACUGUUUGCAUUUAGGUACUAUGCCUUUUUUCCUCAGUGGAAUCCCAUUAUUUUAUAGUUUAUAAUUAUCAGAUAUGCGAUCUUUUCAUGGGUCCUGCAACUGUUUCACGUGAUUUUUUUCAUGGGUAGAGAUAAGGGAUUAAAAAUUUCCCCUUUUCUUUCCUUUUCCCUUCUGUUCCCUUUGGAUUCCACCUUCAUUUAUGCUUAGAAGUGGUUCUAGCUCCCAGAAGUGUCUGUGGGCCACAGAUAGUCAAGCCACAGUUGCGAGCUGUAAGAAGUUAGAGACAUGCCCAGUUGCACUUCUCGUUAGCAGAAUUUCCAGGCCUCGGGAAGGUCAAAAUGCAGAAUACCACCAAUGAACCAGUACUUCCAACAGGAAGUAUUGCAGUGCUAGUCUUACUCUCUAUACCUUUCAGAAUGUGCCAUGGGUGCAGUAGUGGCUAUUUAAGAGGUAAUGAGUACCAUCUUUAAGUUGUUUUUUAACAUGUUUCAUAAAUCACUGAACAUUUAAGAUAGAGUCUAAGUGAUUUUGAUCAGACAUUGCUUGAAAUUUGUAAGAACAAAUGUACAGCUAUAUGAUGUUAUUGAAUACAAUAUUCAGGGUUGCAAGAUUGUUUGAUUUUUAUAAAAUGUAAAUUCAAUUUGCUUUUGCUUCUUUUCAUUUGCAUAAUGUCACUAUCUUGAUAAAUAAGUGAGGGAGAUUAAAACAAUACAGCCAAGGCAAUAUACGUUUGGCAGUCACAAAAAUACCACAGACACUAGAGAAAAUAAGGGCAUUAUCCUCACAGAAGAGACAGGUGUAUUAGGGGUUCAAGAGCUUAGUAAAAGGGAAGUGGAGUAGAAUGGUGUCUUUGCUCAGUCUACAAUCUAGAGGCUGUUCAAUGGGACAUUAAAACACUAACGUGUAUUUUAACAUCUGGAAUACAUUGUAAUACAAUAUGUAAAACAUAAAGGUAGGAUGUAUUUUCCUAUACUGUAGCUUUAUUAAAAAUGUCAUUAUAUGAAAGAUGUGUUCCUUUUGAAGGUUUAUGGAUAGGUGCAAGAUGUCCUAAAUGGUUCUAAAACUACUGAUUGUUAUAAGGAUUGAGAUUUCUAAAAAUGUUGUAAGACUUGGCUUUUACAACAAUCAUUAGUAUAUAUUAUGUACAGGAAAGAAGAGGAUCAGAAAUAAAUUCUCCUACAGAGCUCAUAAAAUUACUCCCAGCAGUGGAAUCCAGGUUUUUUGUUUCGAAACGCAUCCCACAGAGAGACCUGCUGCUGCCAAGCAGCUGAACAGCUGUCUGCUUCCUUUAUAAACAGACCUAGUAUAGGAAACAGAAGGUUAGAACAGAGACUUUACAAGUGGGGACUUAAAGGUCACCAAGAAAUAAUGGCUCUCCCCUGCUCCAGAAGCAGCCUUGCUUUUAGAAAAGUGGUACAUAGAAAGCCAUACUUAGCAACAGUUUUGUUGCAUGGACAUGGUUUGUCACAGUUUAUGCAAUAUUUUCUCUAAAAAUGCUUUCCCUUUUUUUUCUUGUUAGGUUUGUUUACAAAUCUUUCAGGCAUUUUUUAACUCCAUGCAAUUAAACAUUAACUUUUUAGAAACACAUCCUCAAGACUCAGUGAGGUAAACAUGUAAUAUUCAUGUAAUGUGACAUUACUUACAUGUAGGGGAGAUAAAGCUAGAAUGGGAGUUAGGGAAGACAUCAGAGCUGGCCCUUGGGAGGAAUGUAAAAGUAUCAAACAUUGUGUUCAGUCCCCUAAACUAUCACUUGUGGGAUGUCUUAUGGGAAACCAUGGAGACAGCAAUUAGAAGCCUGUAAUUAUAGCUUGAGUUGCUAAGGGCUUCAUUUAGGGGGGCUGAUGUAAGAGCUGCAAAUGAAAAUAGGGGAGAGGGAGAAGUGAUGUUCAAGCACAAUGUGUAUGGCUCAAGGUUAGAUCAUAGGUGACUGUCAGGAAAAUAAAAGGGAAGAGGCCUUUGCCUAAUAGGAAAGGAAUAUUGGCUCUAUAAAAGAAAACUCCAGACGAAAUCUCAAGAAAAUUCCAAAGCAACGUAAUAGAUUUGUCAAAAGCCAAAAGAAGCUUGCCCUAUCUACAAACAUAUAUAAGCAAUGAAUUAUUUUAUUAGAAAAAUAGCUUAUCCUUAUGUAUAGAGGGACCAAUGGACAAGCAUUUUAUUCAACAAUGUUAAUGUGAGUCGGAAUAAUAGCUAAAGACAGAAGCAAACUGAGUUUCAAACAAAGCUGUGUUUAAGCACAAAUUCUCCAUUAUCUUGGAUUCUGAUUUUUCUUGGAGAGGUCAAGGUGGCUAGAACUCAAUCAAUGUGGGUACUGUUUAAGGAGAUAAAUUUUUUGUUAGGUUGGAAACUUAAAGUCAAUGUCUCCUCUACUGGAGUUGCUAGCCUUCCCUCUAAAAUUGUUUUAUGGGUUCAGAAAAACAUAAAGCUCCAGAAAUGGCCACUUAUACUCCAUUAAAGCCCCUCUGGGCUAAGGAGAAUAAUUGCCUCUUGGGCAAGUUCAACCCUGUGGACCAGGAUAUUGCAGGAGAUGAGGGCAGGAAGUCAGAAUUUAGGCUGGAGUUCAGUGUGUUCUCACUUUCUAAAUCCUUAAUUCUUGGACAGAGACAAAUCUGAAUAACCACCAUGUCCGCUGGACCUCACACAUCAAACAUGGGAGCUUCAUUAAUCCACCCCCACUUCCACCCUGACCAGGUACUUACUUAGGGCAAUAUCUUUUCAAAAGGUGGUCCUAGGAAUCAGUAUCACCUGCAGAGCUUGUUAAUAUGUGUAGUUCUAAGCUGCACCCUUGACCAACUGAUUCUGAAUUUCAGGAAUCUGUUUUAAAAAAAAUGUUCUAGGUGCUUCUGAUGUAUGUCUUGUACCUACUCUUCUUUGCAGUUUCUUAAACACCAUCUGACCUAUUUCUGUUAUAAUCUCAACAUCAGUAUACAGUCUGAGGUUCAUACUAGGUAUUGAAUACAUGCUUGUUGAACAAGCAAAAAGCAAAAAAAAAGGAAACUAGUACUAUUGUAAAUAAGGCCAAAUUCAAGGGUUGAAUCACUUUUAGAAUUAUAUGAAAAAAAUGAUGCAGUACCCUUCUAUCUAAUGAUUUUACCUUAAAUGAGAAAUCCUAGCUUCAUGAGAACUGAAGCAUGUUGUCCUUUUAAAUGAGUAUAAAUAUCACUGAAUUACUUACUUGCAAUAAUUCCUCAAUUCCCAUAUUUUUAAGUGUUAAAAUUAGUCAUCAAAGAAAAUGUUUAUGUACUUAAAUAUGAUUUUUCCCAUGGGACAGAAAAAAUUUUUUUCCAUGAAACACCUCUUGGAAAUUAUUAAGGGAAUAAUUAGUCGGACACACAUAUACUUAUUUAUGGCAAAUUUAAUGUCUUGUUACUUGGUGCAAGUGGUGAUUAACUCCAUGAAGAACCGACAGCUUCCUAGGAGACGUUACUAUGUUAUCACGUGACUUGACGAUCCUAGCUGGAUUGGUGUUUUUCUUUAGUAAAAAUUUGCUCACUUAUUUCUGACACUGCCUAUCAGGUAACUUCUAGAUAUUUAAGUAUAUAAACUGAUACUAAAUGAGAAUGGUUUAUUUCCAUCCAAUGAAGAAAGAGUAAUUUUAAUUUUUAAGGCGUAAAACAAGUAGCUACAUUUUAUCUUACCCAGAGGAAUACAUGUUAAGUCAUAUUAAAUAUUUCAUCUUGGUGGGUUUAUUUCUUGUAUUUUUCCAUAAGGCAAUAUUUUUCUCUGCAAGCUAACUUUCCCACCUUCCUUAUAAUAUUUAUUAAGUGAAUUAUUUCUGUCAUUCAUAUCCCUAUACAUAUCUUUUCUACUGGGAAAAGGAGGGAGGCAGGUACUGCCUGAUGACAAAGACCCCUAGAUUUAUUGUUUCUUUGGACAGUUUCUUCACUUUAUCACUUUGCCCUUUGUGGAUGUUACCUUUAGUGCCCUUUGUGGGUUACCUUUAGUGUUCAGAUAAUGCCAGUGUGUUUUAUAAGAUUUGUCCUAGUAAAAGUCGAAGCAACAUAUACAUAUGGAUUUGUUGGUGUCCCUAAGGCUGUCAUAUGUCUUUGAAAAGCAUGGGCUAAAGGAGGAACAUAUGCAUAUACAUCUAAUAACUGAUACAUUGGCUGUUGCAAAAAGGGUUAAGAAAAUGCUUUCCCAAACAAGACAUCUUUGUGGAACAUUUAAAUGAAUUUAAAAAUAAAUGUAUUUUAGAAACUAAACUAUAAACAAAACAGAUUUUUCCUAUACCAUGCAUUCAGGAUAAAUAAUUCAGGAGUCGAUUUUAUUAAGUUUUGGUCUUGUAGUACAAUACUGAAUGGCUUUUGUGAUUCUGUACCCAGCCUCAUCAAAAUUAAUUGUAUAAAGAUCUCUACUUCUAAACAAGAUGGAGUAACAGAGAUAGAUUUACCUCCAUUAUUCAUUCAAUGCACAAAAUAUACCUGAGUAAAGAACCACCUAAAAGGAUUAGAGGUACCAGUGUCAGCUCACACAGAGUUAGGAAUAACGCCUAUUCCCACCAGCACGACUGGUCAUCCUCAUUAUUCACAGUGAAUUGGGUAGAAUACACAGAAAGAUCUUGCUCUUAUUCUAGGGAAAAAUUAGUGCCACAUGGAGCACUGUCGUGAACCCAUCUCACAAUCUUAAAAGCAAGAUUCAAAAGGAUCAAAUUAUUUUCAAGUAGCUAAAUCACAAUGAGAGGUCUCUACACAUCUAUUAGAAUAGUUAGAAAGACUGACCAUCCUCAGGAUUAGUGACUUUAUGGAAAACUGGAACUCUGACACCCUCAUGCUAAUGGGAAUAGUAAAAUGGUAUAAAGACUUUGGAAAACAGCUGGGCAGUUUCUUAGAAGGUUAACAUCCACCACAUAAUCUGGCCAUUUUACUCCUACGUAUACCCCAGAAAAAUAAGUACUUGUUUAUACAAAGAUUUGUAGAUGGCCAUUUUACUCCUACGUAUUUACCCCAGAAAAAUAAGUACUUGUUUAUACAAAGAUUUGUAGAUAAAUACUCAUAAUAGCUUUAUUAAAAAUGAUAACAACUCAAAACAACCCCAAAAUCCAUUAUUAGAUAAAUGGAUAAAAAUACUCUGGCAUAGCCAUAUAAGGCAAUACUACUCAGCAGUAAAGAUAAAAUCUACUGAUAAAUGUUACAACAUGGAUGAAUCUCAAUAUAAUUAUGCUGUGUGAAAAAAGCCACAAAAAAUCACACAUUGUAUGAUUCCAUUUACAUAAGAAUCUAAAAAAUACAACCUUAUCUAUAAUGAUAGAAAGCAGUCUGUUACUCAAGCACAAGGCUGGGUCUGGGGAAGGUUAGAAAGCAGGGAUUACAGGAGGGCUUAGGGAAACUUCUGGAAGUGAUGGAUACAUACAUUAUCAUCAUUGUGGUGACGAUUUCACAGAACCAUACAUAUCAAAAUGUAUCAGUUUUACACCUCAAAUAUAUACAUUUUAUAUGUUAAUUAUACUUUAAUAAAACCAUUUUACAAAUAAACAGAAAUUGUAAAAUUCAAUUUUUCAAACUUGUAUGCACACUGGAAUCACCUGGGAAGUUUAAAAAAUAUAUAGAUGGCUGCAUUCCAAACUCAAAAAUUCUGUUUUAAUUGUUGUGGGUUAUAGCUGGGACUUCAGGAGUUGAAAAAAACCCUUCAGGUGAUUCUAAUAGGUAGCAAUUUGAGUUGUGGUAUGUUAUUUCAUCAUCUCUGUAAAAUUUGAAUUAUCUUAAUUUUAUAAGUCUUCAUGGAAUAUGAAAAUUUAAUCAUUAGCAUCUGACUUAAUCAUCUAGGUUUCAUUCCAAGUGGAAGUUUAUGUCUAUGACAGAAAUAAUCAGUUAUAAAAACAAAGGAAAGCGAAGAUGUUCAAAUACACAUAUAUUUGUUUGUAACUGCCACAAAAUGAUAUUUUGUUCGGUUGUCAAUGAUAUUGAUUGUUGAAACUCUUGGAGACAUAGAAAUUUAGUGAAAAGCAAUAUCCCGGAGGACUUCUUACUACUGUCUCCUUAGAAAACUUAGAGCUCAUGGAGCAGAAUGUGUGGGUUCACACUCACCUUGGCAUAGAUGCAACUGUCAUUGAGUCUCUGCAGUGAGCAGUUCUUGUCACAGAGAGGGCACAUGAAGACUUCAGUGGCCAUGCAAAUUUCUUGGCUUGGGAAUUCAAAGAAGAAAAAGCAAGUAUGAGCCUCCACAUUUAGAAAGGUGCUUACCCCCGUAUGGCCAACACUGAGGAGUACUGGCAAGGCAAGAGGAAAAGAAGAAAUGUAAACACUGGGGAGUGGUGGGCAGGUGAGGAAGAAAUAAGGACUCCAACUCAAAUUUGUAGGAUAUUUGUACACAGAGAUUAUUGUUUGCCUCUUUGUUUUUAGAAACUCUGCCAAGAUAUUGUAAUUAUUAUAGCCCAUAUUUUAAACUUGUGAGACACUUAAGGGGCUUUGCUACAAAGCCACUUUUACACAUGAUUUCUUGGCAUGCAGAAUAAUCUUGUGAGGAACACCCAAGGGGGUUUUAACCAAGCUCCCAGCUUUGCAAGUGGCUGAGCUGGAAUCAAAUCUGACUAUUCUGAUUUUUCAAGUCCAUUGAUCUUUUCCUGGGAUCUUGUUGCCUUAGAAUCACCAUAAUGAAUAGCAUUUUCGUAACUCAUACAGCUUCAAAACCCCGAUGCAGUCAAUCAGUGCAGUAUGUUCUUUGGAAAUGCGAGGGAAUUGAUUUUUAUUUUCAGUGCCUUGACACACACUGUCCUAAUGACAUGACAUAGGUUUUAUUUACUGAAAUAUAUUCUGUAUUAAAAUAUAACUAUGUAAUAUUUGUCUUCAGUUUUAAAAAAUCUCAGCAUAUAUUACAGCUGACUCUUUGACGAGAAGGGCACCAUUAACAAUUUCCCAAAAGUCUUCCAGCCUGAGAGUUCAUAGCAACCUAUUUUUAAUGUUUUAUGCCUUUAUCUGUCAGAUGUGGCCCUUCCCCAUUUAGUAUCCCUGAAUAAAUUGUCUUUAAGUAAAUCUGCUCUGGAAAAGUUGAAAGUAAUUUAAAGGCUUUUGAAACUAUGUAUGGAAAUGCAACUGUUAAUAAAAAUUUAAUGGGUGGUAUUUAUAGUAAAAUGUGCUAUUUCAAAAAUGUAUACUCUAAAAUGAAGCAAAAGAGAAUGCAUGUGUAUUUCAAAUACUGUAUGCAAUCUCAAGCCAAAGUGGGAAUAAACAGUAAAUAACAAUAUGAUGUAGUAAUACAGUGCUUUACAGUGGGUGAAGAUGGGUUCAUGCCCAUUAAGUUUAGUACUCACUGCAAUCUCCUGCAAUAGGAAUUAUUUCUACAAUUGAGAGCAAAGUAAUGUUUAAGUGAUUUAUUCAAGGGCACACAGCUAACAAGAGGUGCUUCAGGGAACUGAGUUUAGAUUUUUCU